AUGAAGUUGCUGGUGGCCGCCCUGCUGCUGCUCUGCGCCUGCCGCCUCCAGGCUGCCCUGGUAAGGCGCGAGGCCCCGCCCGAGGAGGCCGCCCCGCCGGCCGUCGACGACUUCUUCACCCGCCAUUUCCAGUCCUUCUCCGACUUCAUGACCAAGGACCUGCCCCAGAAGCUGCAGGCGGAGGAGUUGCGCAGCCAGGCCGAGGCCUACCUGGACCGGGCCAACAAGCAGCUGGCGCCGCUGGCCCAGGAGCUGCGGAGCAACUUCUUCGGCCUCUUCUCCUCCCUGCUGGAGCUGGGCAAGGGUGAAGGGCAGGCCUGAGCCGCGCCA